AUGAAGAAAGUUGCACAUUACUUCCAAGACAACUCGAUUUCAGUCAUCAGCGACGCUCCGUUGUCUGAAAUCUUGAACAGUCGAGAUGCAACCGGUCGAGUUGCUAAGUGGGCAAUUGAACUUCUUCCUCGGGAUAUCAAGUUUGAAGUAAAGAAGGCGAUCAAGUCUCAAGCAAUCGCAGAUUUCUUGGCCGAGUGGAUUGAGCAACAGCAGCCGACCCUAGUUCACUCGGAACACUGGACCAUGUUCUUUGAUGGAUCUAAGAUGUUAAAUGGUUCUGGUGCCGGAGUGGUCCUGGUGUCCCCAAGAGGCGACAAACUCAGUUAUGUCCUCCAGAUUCACUUUGAUUCCUCCAACAAUGAAGCUGAGUACGAAGCACUUCUCUACGGGUUGCGUAUGGGCAUCUCACUCGGUGUCCGUCGCUUGAUGGUAUACGGCAACUCAGACUUGGUGGUUAAUCAGGUGAUGAAGGAGUGGGAUGUCAGGAGCCCUGCCAUGACCGGAUACUGCAAUGCAGUAAGGAAGUUGGAAAAGAAGUUUGAAGGGUUGGAGCUCCACCACGUCCCCCGACUCAAGAAUCAAGCAGCUGAUGAUCUGGCGAAAAUAGGUUCCACUCGGAAGCCUAUUCCCAUCGAGGUGCCAGCAGCUGUCGACCUAAUGAUGGAGAUUUUGGUAAUCACCCCCGACUGGACGGUGCCGUAUAUUGCAUAUCUGCUCAGGCAGGAGCUUCCAGAGGAUGAAGUUGAAGCACGUCAGAUCGUCCGCAGGUCCAAGGCCUUCACGGUAAUCGGUGGAUAG